AUGAGAGACACCUUCGAUACCACUGAUGAGAUUUGCUUUGAUCUUUUUGACCCAUUGAUGGGGCUAGAUGCAGAUCAAUUUCUCGUUUCCGCUGAGCUUCUACCGGAGCAUGCCGUGGACUUCGGAUCAAAUCUUCCUUCGGAGAGCUCCUCCCUCGCCCGAGGUCGUGACUGGCCAUCACAAGCAGCCUCUACCCGAGAACGACCUCCGCCAGACGUUCACUCGAAUCGUACUGAGCUUUCUGGUCCGACCGUCACUGAUGCUGUUCGGUCGAUUAUGCUUAAAGACCUUUCAAUUCGCUUCAGCUCUGAGAGCUCAAAACUAUACAUUCCUAGCACCACGUCGCUAGACAAGUGCAUUAAGGCGUACCUCAACGCAUUUCACAUCCAUCUCCCCCUAUUUCAUAUUCCAUCACUCGAUCUCGAAAAGACUCCGGCCCCUCUGAUCCUGGCAAUCUGUUCCAUUGGCGCACUCUACAGACUGGAACGAAGGGUGGCGGCUUCUCUCUACAGGACUGCCGAGCAGGCCCUUUCCGUUGAAGAUAACGAGUUGUUACACCUCAUCGGUCACUCCAGAUUCCUGGAAGACUGCGUCAAUCCGACUACAACUUCGCAGGCUGAAUCUCUCCACCCGCUGUGGCUCAGCCAGACCCGUCUUCUUCUUACCUUCUUUGCAACGUUCACGGGUUCGCCGGCGGUUGUAAGGACUGCAGUGGAGAGAGUCGGUUGGCUAACCAAUGACUACCGAGCAAGGUUGAAGCUUGUCAAGGUUGGCGAUGCAAGAAGUCGUCUAACUUCUUGGUCAGCCUGGGUCGAGCGAGAGAAAACAAAGCGCCUACUUUGUGGUAUUUUCGUCUUCACCAAUCUUCUCACUAUCACUUAUGGCCUACCUGCUGCUUUCAACGUUGUUCAGGACGUAGAUAUCGAGAUGCCUAGUGACGAGAUUCGUUGGAAUGCCUCUAGCGAGUCUGGGUGGCGGAAAGCUAUUGGCAGCAAGGACAUUGGUCAAUCCAUGACCAUCCGCGGUGCAGUAUCAUUGCUGGUUUCCGGCGAGACAUUGACAAGAUUUCCUGACGAGUGGCGCAGCUGGUCGCCUUUUGCCACGCUGGUUACAAUGCAUGCAGUUGCCGUUCAAAUCUGGCACCGCAGUCAGGGCACCAUCCUGUGGGCCGACAAUGCUGUCACUGACGUGGAGGGCAUGGACAACCCACUAACGGCGAGGUUGCAGACCGAGGCCGCAUUAGCGAGAUGUCGACAGAUGUUGUUGCAAAGUCGGAAUGAACAUGAAUUCGCCUGGAGCGAGGCUGAGGGCCCAUUCCUGUUCAACUGUUUUGCCAUCCUACGAGUCUCGUACUGUCGCUCAUGUACCAGCCUCUCAUCGAUCGAUCCGACCUUGCUGCUGAAAGGUGAUGCCACCGAGGUAAUGGAUAUCCUACGAAGCCACGUCACCAAACCUCAGCGCCGAGACGACCUCACCACCAACGCCGUGGCUCGAGCCUUGGACGGAUUCCUCGUUCCAGUCCGCGCCGGUACGCUUCUGAUCCGCAAGACUGCAGCUCUGACAUGGAGCAUAGAACACGUGUUGGCUUCUUGGGACAGUUCUCUUUUGGUCACCAAGUGGGUGCACGCGAUGGAUAUGCGUCAAAAGCGAGAUGAUCCUUUGAAUUCAUCCGAGAGGCGCCUCAUCCAGAGGUUGAAGGAACUUCUCGCGGAGGCAGAUGUUCUGGUCUCAUCAGAAACAUCACUGGCAGCAGAGCUUGCUCGUUGGCGCGCCACCUUCUACACGGAUACCUGGGUUUGGAGUGUAUGUCCCCGCAUGGGAUGGGUACUUCUUCAAUUGGCAAACGUGUAUGAAGAAGCAAGCUGCGCGUGA